AUGGUCAAAAUCGCAAUCGCAGGCGCAUCAUCGAGCUUUGCUCACGAUGUGAUCGACGCUAUUCUCGCCAAAGGAGACCAUGAGAUUCUCGCACUUUCUCGUCAGGUAAGCCAGGCCGUGAUCGGGUCAUGGAUUCCAUGCUCAGCGUUGCACGAAAACAAAAGGGAUGCUGCAACAGACGGGCGUGUCGUCUGCAAAGCGGUCAACUACGACGACCGAAACGCUCUGACGGAGACUCUCCGUGGGUGCGAUGUGGUUCUCUGCUUUUUCACGGGGGCAGAUCCAGCUAGCGCCACUCAAAGAGAGAAAGUCUUGAUCGACGCUGCUAUCAAUGCUGGUGUCCGGCGUUUCGCUCCGAGCGAGUGGGCCACUCAAAGCAACAGCGGCACACUUGUCUAUGGAUUUAAAGAUGAGUUUCGGAGGUAUCUCGAAGACGUGAACAAGGAACAGAAGGUGAUCGAGUACACCCUGUUUCAGCCAGGUCUUUUUCUGGACUUUUUUGCCCACCCGCGCCCUGGUGGUCGCAAGGCUAUUGUGCCUGGUAAUGGAGACUACCCCUUGGUACUGACAACGGUGCGGGAUACCGCGGCCAUGAUUGCCGAAGCGAUCGAAUACACUGGAGAGUGGCCCACAACAGGCGGCAUCCGUGGAUCGCGGAUGAUGGUAAGCGAUUUAGUUAAGGUCGCUGAAAGUCUGAGAGGUUCCUUCGACAUCGAAAAGGUUGACGAGGGUGACAUUCUCUCUGGUCAGCUCUCGGCCGAGUGGGUGCCGAUUUUGAAGCAUCCCGGGAUCCCUGUCGGUCAAGAAGUCGUGAUGUCUAGGUUCACAGCGCAGCAGUUCAUCCAGGGAACUAUCACAGGAGCUUGGGAUGUGUCUGAUGACUGGAACAAGCUGAUGCCAAACUUCACGUUCACAUCCGCUAAGGACUAUCUCACUGAGAUCUGGGGUAGCAACGCCUAG